AGAAGCUUGAUCAAGUCUCAGUGCAUGUCGAUAUGAGGGCUCAAGCCUACCCGUGUAAUUCAUCCUUCCACCACCUCCAUAUCCCUUACCACUGGCCCCCAAAGCGCCCACAACAUGAUUCAAGUCCCAGAUCGUAAAGCCUCAACCGUCAAGCUUGCGGAGUAUCUCUUCACUCGCUUACGCCAGCUCGGCAUAGGUGCCAUUCACGGUGUUCCGGGAGACUUCAAUCUCUCACUGCUCGACUAUGUCGAGCCCGCAGGGCUGCUAUGGGUUGGCAACGCAAACGAGCUCAACGCAGGAUACGCCGCCGACGGAUAUGCUCGUAUCAAGGGCAUUGGGGCUCUCAUCACUACGUCUGGUGUUGGCGAGCUCUCGGCCAUCAAUGCUGUUGCCGGGGCGUACGCUGAACGGGCAGCCGUGGUUCAUAUCGUCGGCACGCCUUCUAGGGUCCUACAGGAUAGCCGAACGAUGAUGCAUCACGGCUUCAAUGAUGGAAACUACAGACGUUUCGCGGAGAUGCAUUCUCACGUCACCGUUGCGCAGGCGGAUCUCAGACACGCAGAGUCGGCACCGCGUCAGAUUGACGAAGUAUUGAGGCAGUGUCUAGCCCAGAGCCGGCCGGUCUACAUUGAGAUUCCUCAGGAUCUGGUUAUUGUUCCUGUGUCGGCCUAUGGACUGAAAUCACCUAUUCAGCUUCCCGAGCCAGUCCCAACAGCAGCCGACGAGGCUGCUCUGGCAGCAAUCAUGGACAAGAUUAAGGCUGCGAAACACCCAAUGAUUCUUGUUGAUGGUGAGACGAGGCCAUUAGGUAUUGUCGAGCAGACCGAGAAACUGGUGAAAGCCACGGGUUGGCCCACCUGGACUACUGCUUUCAGCAAGUCACUGGUCAACGAGAGUCUGUCAAAUUACCACGGUAUCUACUCGGGUAGAUUUGCCGAUCCCGCCGUCAAGACCUUUGUCGAGAAAGCCGACUUGAUCUUGUGCUUCGGCCCUCACUUCAGCUCGACAAACACCUAUGCAUUCUCAAGCAUACCCAAGCCAAGUGUAACAAUUCUCUUCAGCGACAACAUCAAGGUGGCGGAUCAAACAUUCCGCGAUGUCACCAUCAGAACGGUGGUCAGGUCGCUUCUCGAAAGACUCGAAAAGUCUGAGAUUCAUCAAUAUGCUCCUUACCCAGAACUCCCUAAAGACCACGGCAUAGAGUUCUCGGAGGUACCAAGCGAGGAGAAGAUAACUCAGUCCAAGUUUUGGCAUCUCACGUCCAGUUUCGUGCGUCCAGGUGACAUCAUCUUCGGAGAGACGGGAACCGCCGGCCAUGGAUCGCGAGUCUUUGCGCUACCAUCCCAUACUAGAAUGUUCCUCCCGACAACCUGGCUUUCCAUUGGAUACAUGCUUCCCGCUGCGCAGGGCGCUGCAUUAGCGCAGAGAGAACUCAUCCAGUCAUCCAAAUAUCACGACAUCAAGGAAGCACGUACGAUUCUCUUCAUCGGCGACGGAAGUUUCCAGAUGACUGUUCAGGAAAUUUCUACCAUCAUACGCCACAAUCUCAACGUCACCAUAGUUCUCCUCAACAACGACGGUUAUACCAUCGAACGAUGCAUACACGGACUAGAUCAGUCCUAUAAUGACGUUGCCCAUUGGCGCUACUUACAAGCGCCCGGUUUCUUCGGAGGCAAUCCAGAGACGUAUACAGGCUCUGCAAAGACCUGGGGUGAGCUCCAGAAAGUGUUGGAGAAUGAUGAGCUGAAGAAUGGGAAGGGCCUGAGAAUGGUGGAGGUUUUCAUGGACCCCGAUGAUGCGCCGGAGGGUGCGCUCCUCGACUUGCUCGAGAAAGAGAAGAAGAGAAUUUCGGAUGGUCAAUCUUAACACUAACUCUAUGUAUUAGAUACUAGUGGUGCAAAUAUGUACUACUACAUACAGAAAUUUGCCGGUUGACCUUUACCUGUCUACGUUCUAGCCCUCUGUUCGGAGGAGUUUGGACUGUCGACAUGAGGCAUCUUGACCUCAAGUUAGCCUUGUACUAAACAAUUUUUAUUUGCCGUGCUGUGAUAUUUCUUUCUGCCUUGUGGUUUUCAAAUUUACGCCGGCACAAGGAAGUGUGCCGUCGAGGGGACCUGGAGUCACGAUAUGUUUUUGUAGAACGGCGCAGCCUUUUUG